GAGAAAGCAUCAGCGUGAAAGUGAAAGUUUCACCGUCAACCAGUUUCACCUCCUGCUUUCGCUUCGUACAUUUAUCUCCACCUCUAUUUCCGAAAUUCGCAAUUUCGAAAAAGUUAUGUUGCGAUGCGAACACACAAAUUUGUAUUUGAAUGACUACCCUAAAUUAUUUGGAACAUGAUAAAGAGAAGCGAGAGGUCAAUUUGCAUCGCACUGAGGAUUACAUUCCCUUGAUAUUCACUUUUAUUAACAAAUUAAAUUGAGCAUGAAGAAACCGAGUCAAUCACGAAGCCAGGCAGAUCGGUUUGCCGAUCUGAACGAAGACGUUAGUGCUGACCAGAAGUGGCAAGAUGAGCUCCAAGUUCGGUGGCAGAGCUUUCUCCAAAGAGUCCGAGUGCACGAAAUGCUCAAAUGCUUGCACGGGGAGCAUCGCAAACUUCAAGUUUUACGAGAGCAUACUGAUCUGGACGAGAUUAUGCAGGCGAGAUUUGCACAAAUCGGGGUCAAGCGUCGUAAGAGGGAAUCGGACGAAUUGGUAGCAGAAGGGUUGUGGGAAGAUGAACGAGAUCAAGAAUCUGGACGGGACCAAAAGGAAAAUUCCACCGCGGCGACGGACGAUGACGAAACAAGGACGGAACAUGACGUAACGGAUCCCAAGGAUGAUAAUUUGGAUGUGGCAAAGGAAAUGAAUGCGAUAUUUCUUCGGACGCAAAAGGAGGAGGAGGAAAGAAUGGCAAUUGUGUAUCCGAACCUCAAGAGGGUCUUAGCUGACCCAAAAUAUGUUGCAAAGUCUGCAGUGAAAAUGUUUCGAACCCGGACAAAUAUCAAUGAUGAAGAAUUUGAAGAAAUUUUGGGGCUAUGCGAUGAUAAAGUUGAGCAACAGGCCUUGAGGGAUGCUUUUGAGGAAAAGAAAAAUCGGGAAAGACACCUUCACAAUGCAGAUGAAAAGAGACAAAUGCUGUAUGAUUUUAUCAAUAGCAAUUUUUUUAUCCAGUUUAUGCUGAUCACAGUCAUUGUGAGCACUGUGGGAAUCUUUAUCCUUACCUUUGAACCCAUUUUGAUUCGAUAUGUAUAUCCGGUUCAAGUUAUGGACUCUUGCAUUAUUGGAAUCUUCGUGGUAGAAGCGAUUUUCAAAAUAAUGAUUUACAAAGGAACUUAUUUCACAAAGCUCUGGAAUCUUUUGGAUAUUUUUAUCAUUGUUGUUCAUAUAGUGGAGGUCUUGGUGGAACUGAUAACGAAAACGUUAGCUCUUGCCACAGAAUUGAAUCAGAACAUUGGGUUUAAAACCAUCAAGAGUCUUCGUGCGUUAAGGCUCCUCCGUGUCAUAAAAUUCUUGCCAAAUCUACAGGUUGUAGUUACUACGGUUUUCCACUCCAUGUUGAGCAUGGGGUCCAUUGCAGUUUUGAUGUCUCUUUUUAUUUUUGUGUUUGCUGUCCUUGGCAGAGGUUUGUUCUUUGAAGAGUCUCCAGCUCAUUUUGGGACGAUCGGAUAUGCUUUUGUGACCCUCUUCCAAUUACUGACGCUGGAUGACUGGUUCGAAUUGCUCGAUGUAAUUGACACAGAGUCAGAAGAGAAAGCCAAACAGUACUGGAUUAUGUUUACAUAUUUGUUCUGCUACAUCGUUAUUGAAUAUUUCGUCUUUUUGAACCUCUUCGUGGCCGUCUUGGUGGACAAUUUCCAACUAACAUUGGCUGAUGCUGCAAUAACGAAACAGAAGGAGGCCCUAAUUUACUUGGAAGGUCAUGAAAAAUACAUAGAAAUGAACAAGCCCUACGAGGAGAAAGAUGUAGAAGAAGAAGACGCGAAGGAUGACCUUCUCCGUAAUUCCGAGUAUGUCAAUUCAGACAGUGUGGAAUUGGAUGUGGAAGAUUACUUCCCCACAAAGAAAGGCACAAGAGAAAAUGCGUUGCUCGAACACAUUUUUAAAGACUUGACUUCAAUUGACUUUGAGCAUUACUUGUUCAAACGGAGAUUCAGUAUUCUCAAUGCAAUUAUGGAUAAAGCUUCUCAUGGAACGCAUCACCGCUGGAAACUACAAGAUUCUACUCAUCUCAGUACACGAAACAAGGAAGUUUUGGAGCAGCAACAACGAAAUAUAUUCUAAAUUGGUCCAAUUGAAGGAAGAUAAUAUGAAGGAUGCUAUGCCACUACAUAAAUGCUUACAUAUCUUCAUGUUACACUUAUCCAUAAGUUAUUACAAUUAUACUCUGUUAAUUGUACAUUAUAAUGUUUUCGUUGCACGAUAACUCAGCCUGUUAGAUGCAUACAUAGCAUAAGGAAACUCAUAAGCAUUGAACCAUUCAUUGUUACUAAAGCCUAAUAAACUGGGAAAGACUCAUUCUCAGUUUGUUGAGGAAUUUAAAGUUCAUAUAAAGCCUUGCCAGUUCAAUAAAUAUUCCUUGACUAGUAAACAACCUA